AUGCAGUCUGACAUCGAGACGCCAGCAAAUUCCCCACUCCUCGUCCUUCCAUUGUCUAACCUGACCCGAAUCCUCUUGAACUUUAUCGCUGCCCAAAUGGCUACCCAAUAUCUCCCUUCUAUCGAGUGCAGAGAUGCGCGUCUCUGCGACUUGUUGAAGCGCGUUGCGGAGAAUCACGAGAUCGACCAUGGCACUGUCCAAGGCAUCACACAUUACAACCCCGGAACGGGAGAAGUCGAUUUCUGGUUCUGGCCACUUGAUAAGAAGGGUGUUCGUAUUCCUCCCGACCACCUGUCAGAAGAACACAUGUUACUGCUUUUCGACGGACCCUGCUGCUUUUGCGCCUAUCUAGAUGGCUCGUGUCGCGAAGAGCGAACACUAAACCAAACCAAAGACCAGUAA